UUCGCCCCAUCUCCCACAUGGCCCUUCACAUCAUGGCGACAGGACGAGAAGUGUUACAUCUUUACCGUCAGAUGUUGCGAGUUGGAAAAUCAUUUACCAGUUAUAACUAUAGGAUGUAUGCCACAAGAAGAAUUAAAGAUGCUUUCCGAGAAAACAAAGAUAUUUCAGACCCAGAAAAAAUCAAGGCUUUGGUCCAAAAAGCAGAGGGUAGUUUAGAAAUCAUGAAAAGACAGGUUUCUUUAGGACAAAUGUACAGACAUGAAAAGCUGGUUAUCGAAAAGACAAGAUGAUACACAGCCUUGAAAUACAUUGCAAUACCAGAUGCUCAUGAGCAAAGAAGAGCUUCUUCACCGCCUACUUGCAUCCAGUGGAAUGUUAUGUGACGUGUACAGUACAAACUGACCGAACUUCUGCGUCAAAAUAUUUUUGUUUUUUUGUCAUGCUGCUGGUGUGAAUUUUUCAGCUUGACAGUAGUCUGUUUUCACUGUAAUCCCAGUUCAUUGAGCCAAAGAACAUUGUAAACUAUUGCUUGGCAUUUUUCUGCCCAUAAUUUCUAUUUUCCUGCCCUGUAAAUCCACUAAUGGGUUUCCAAAGAUCAGAGUCAUGCCAAGUUAUUCUUUAUUUGAUUUUUGGUUGAGCAGAGAGUAGAUAUGAGUACAAUGUGAGACUGGACAAGAUGUAAUGGCAUGCCCACGUCACUUGUUUUUAAACUCUUGUUAAAAAAACAAUCAAAUAAUAACUUGA